AUGGGACUGCCAGGAGGCAAUCCUCGAGUCCCUCCUAGCCAAGGCCAGCGACCGCCUUCUUCCGGCUCAUACCAGCCCUAUGGAGGUGCACCGCAGGCAGGAUACGGCGGACCUAGCUCACCAGGCAGGUCGCGAUUUAGCGAGAAGGGGCCGUCUGGCGGCGGCCGAGUAGUCCAAUUGCAGGUCGAGAAGGUUGCGGACAAGACUCUGCAAUCGAGACUUAUCUACGGAAACGUUUGUGCUGUGUCUGCCGAAGACUUCCCUCCCCGACCUGACCGCUCCGAUUAUUAUAUCCUCCUCCGCGCGGGCCAGCCUCCUGGGGAGUUCGUUGUUACCGCCACGCCUAUCCCUGGAUUUCCGCGAGGCUGCAUCAGCUUAUCCGACCCCCAGCGUACAUGGUGUGGCGUUGCUAUGAGAGACGUCUUCACCGGCGAGGUCUAUGAUCCUUUCGCGUCUGGCGGCAAGGCAUACCUGGGCUCUCUAGAUUUAGAGAUUGGGUUCGCUUCCCCAACGAAGAAGACCGAAGUUCCAUACGAUGAAGACGAAUUAAGCAAAAUCUUUCUCAAUACUUUCCAAAAUCAGAUCCUUGCUCCUGGGCAGAGAAUCCUAAUGGAUGUUCGAAACAUCCCGCUCAUGAUCGUUGUCAAAACUGUUGGAUUGGUCGACUUGUCCACAGCAGAUGACGCAGGCAGACAGGUUCAGCGGGAAUCUCACGCCAGAGGAAUUCUGACCAACCAGACCCGGGUUUUAUUCCACCGGGAUGCAAAGGGAGAAUUUAACCUCAAACCAUCGGCCACGAAGCCAAACUCCAAUGCCAUCUUGGCACCGGAUUUCAAAUUCGAGGACAUGGGAAUUGGUGGCCUGGGAGAUGAGUUUUCUACCAUUUUCCGUCGUGCAUUUGCAUCUCGUGUUUUCCCGCCUGGCUUGGUUGCCAAAAUGGGCAUCCCACACGUCAGGGGAAUGCUUCUUUACGGUCCUCCCGGAACGGGAAAGACGUUGAUCGCGAGACAGAUUGGUCACAUGCUCAACGCCAGACCGCCAAAGGUCAUCAACGGUCCUGAGGUAUUGAAUAAAUAUGUCGGUCAGUCCGAAGAGAAUAUUCGCAAACUCUUUGCAGAUGCCGAAAAAGAGUACAAAGAAAAAGGAGAUGAGAGUGGCCUUCAUAUCAUCAUCUUCGAUGAGUUGGAUGCUGUCUGCAAGCAGCGUGGAUCUGGAGCCGGCGGCGGUACUGGUGUUGGUGACAGUGUUGUCAACCAGCUUCUUUCGAAGCUGGAUGGUGUUGACCAAUUGAACAACAUUCUUUUGAUCGGAAUGACGAAUCGAAAGGAUAUGAUCGACGAUGCCCUUUUACGACCUGGCCGUCUAGAGGUUCAUCUCGAAAUUUCUCUCCCUGAUGAGGAAGGACGACUGGAAAUCCUCAAGAUUCACACCUCAAAAAUGAGCACCAACGGUAUCUUGGACCCGAACGUCAACUUUGAGGAGCUGGCAGCGCUUACCAAGAACUAUUCCGGUGCUGAAAUCAACGGUCUUGUGAAAGCAGCAGCCUCCUUUGCCUUCUCACGACAUACAGAAGUGGGACAGCUUGCGGCAGUGAAGAACGACGUUGCGAACAUGAGGGUAAACCGUGAUGACUUUAUGAAUGCCUUGACGGAGGUUCGUCCCGCCUACGGAGUGUCCGAGGCUGAACUUGAAGAGGCGGUUAGAUUGGGCGUGAUUCCUUAUGGUCCGCAUAUCGAACCUACUAUUCAGGAGAUGAUGCGCGUUGUGGGUAUGAUCAAAGAGGACCCCAAUAAAUUUAGCACUUCCGUGCUUUUCCAUGGUCCAAGAUCUUCCGGAAAGACAGCUUUGGCAGCGCAUAUUGCUAUGCAAUCGGGAUUCCCCUUUGUCAAGCUGGUGACGCCGGCUGACCUAGUGGGCUACCGAGACGAAUUUGCCAAGAAGGACUACGUUCACAAGGCGUUUGCGGAUGCCUACAAAUCACCCUCCAGUAUUCUCAUCCUUGACGAUUUUGAGCGGUUGAUUGGCUGGAACCCGAUUGGACCGCGAUUUUCCAAUGUCAUGCUCGAGGCCCUGACUACACUCAUCGUGUCAAAGCCUCCCAAGGGACAUCGACUUCUUAUUUUCGUAACAACAUCAAAGGCUUCGGUGCUCAAGAUGCUCGAAGUUGAUCAAGAUUUCGCCAAAAAGGUUGCUGUACCAGCAGUUUCAAAUCUACGCGAACUGGCUGUUGUCCUUCACGAAUCCAGAGUUUUGAGCUCAGCGGAUGUCAACCAAACCAUAAAUAUCAUCCAAGAGCGUACAGGAUCAGAGUCGGUGGCUGUUGGAGUCAAGACUGUUCUAGACUGCAUCUUCGAAGCCAGAGCUGGAAGUGGCACCAGCAACGUAGUGGAAACACUAUCAGAUCUUUUGGUUGAGAAUAUACAAGAGAUGAGACUUUAG